CGGAUGUAAACAGUAUGGCCGCCAUGGACAGGUCAAUAUGUAAAUUAAGAAAACUUUUCAGUUAUGGAUAAGAAAUAACAUGGCCUAUUUCCCUUCGAUCGGACCAUUUUAUGAUCCUGAAAAAAGAGCAUGAAAUAUAUGAUGGCAGUGAUGGAAGACUGAAAUCUCGACAGUAUCCCCGGGCUCAGCGACAAAACGUCAUAUCGCUCUCGGGGAACGAAAACUCGUCUUCCAGAAUAUCAUCGAGAGACAACGGGGGUUCCGCCAAAGUUGGUGCUAGUUGGACUCCCUAUGUGAACCAGGAGAAGGGGGAUGUUUACUAUGUGGACGUGGAGAGGCCCAACAGGACAGACAAGGCCACAACUGACUCUUAUCUGUACUUCCAGAGAUUUGCACCUGAGUCAGUCAACCAACACAAUGGACACGACAGUACUGAUACUCCCAAGGGAGUCGUGGACUCAAAUCAGAAACACAGUGAUCGAAGCAGUAUAUCUAGUCAAGACAGGCCCCUCAGUGAGAGAGGGAAACUGUCACAGAGAAACCAAAGGAAUGAAGAUGUGCAUAGGAACGAGGAGGUUACUGACUUCCGGCAUUUUGGGAAAGAUGCUGAUGAGAGGAAAAUGUGGAAGGAUGAAAAUUUCAAUGAUAGGACUAGUGGUAGCAGUCAUGGCAGUGGUGGCCAUUUUGUACGUCAUGGUAGCAUGGAUAGUUUUGAAGAAAACAGAGACAUUUCGGAGUCGGUUCAAUCACGAAAAACUUACAAUAUUGAAAGAUGGAAGGAUGUUAUUCUAGUGCCGGAUUUUCGAACAGUGUGUAGAGAUGAUGGUGGGGUGGUGUUGUGUGAGAAACUCUUUGGUAUUGUUUUAUUCCAAUUCAAUCACAAACCAGGUUCAGGAAGGUCACGGAACAGCGAGUCGAGGGAGGUCCUUAAAGACAGAAAGGUUAUAGUUCAGGGGGUGGUGCCCAGAACAGCUGCUGAAAGGUCUGGGAAGAUACACAGAGGUGACAUGUUGAUCUCAGUGAAUGAUAGUGAAGUUACAUGGCUAAAUAUUGACAAGCUCUUCCAGGUUAUCAAGCCAAAAAAGAAUGUGAAGCUGACCAUUCAGUCCCCCGUGAUUGUCGGCCCCAAGCCGCCAGUCCACCCUCGAACACGCUUCCCCCGACAUGACAUCUACAAACGUGUCACUGGCUGUAGUGUCAAGGAAGGACAGAGGAGCCUGAGUGCUGCCACCUACACUCUGCUGUAUCUCACCUUGACCGAGGCAUCAGAUGACUCCGGUUCCACAAUGGACGAUGUUGUCUACAUGUAUCCACCAGAGAACAACAAGCUGAUCGGUAUUCGGGGUCUGUUCCUCACCAUCAACUCGUCGCUAGUUGAUGUCACUAAUUUUAAGGCUAAAAACUCUUCCGUCCUGCAUCAAAGUGAAGUCAUUCAUCUUGCCUACAGCUCUGAGAACAAAGAUGUGCUGGUUCUUGGCCUUCCAGCUGACAGAGUGCCGCUUGCCCUUUUGAACCAGUUGAUGGAAGACCUAGUCAAGCUGCUCAAGUUUAUGUUUGGAGGCCUAGGCCGAGCGUUUCGAGACUGUGAUAAGGAGCAGCUAGACCAGCUGUUUGCCCUGACGUUUCACCAACUCCUCACACCACAACCUGCACACCUCUCUCCAGUCAAUGAUCUCCCGUCUAGCUCCAAGUUUUUGUCAUCCCUCUCUGCAGUCCGCAGUCUGCAUCUGGCUCAAGAUCAGGAGCUCAUUUGUGAUGAAAUACUCAGUGAAUUUGAAGCAGCCGAUUUUGAUGAGUUUAUGGAAGAUGAAGAACUGAACAACAGAAGAGCAUAUACAAUUCUUGGUACAAGUCUGUUUUACAAGUGCUACCAGUUAUGCUCACACUUGCCAAGUGAAGACUCAGAGACCUUCACCUCUUUCUCCGACAUCAGAGCCUCCUUGACCUUGUGUCAGCCUGCACUCAUUUGUGAUGAAAUACUCAGUGAAUUUGAAGCAGCCGAUUUUGAUGAGUUUAUGGAAGAUGAUGAACUGAACAACAGAAGAGCAUAUACAAUUCUUGGUACAAGUCUGUUUUACAAGUGCUACCAGUUAUGCUCACACUUGCCAAGUGAAGACUCCAGAGACCUUCACCUCUUUCUCCGACAUCAGAGCCUCCUUGACCUUGUGUCCCUGCAGUCCGUGGAUGAGAUCGUUGUGUGGCAGGAGGUGUGGCCGACUUACCGCCACCCUGGCACGCACGGCUACCCCACCCCCAAGGGCCGGCACUUCCUCCUGGUUGUUGGCAUGAAACACUUCCUGCUGGGGUGCCUGCUGGAGAUGGGAGGGUGCACUCAGUGGGGGCCGGGGAAGAUGGCCCCCCAUCCCCUGUAUGUAGACCAGGCCAAGGCCACACUGCUGCAGCUGGAGACUGACGAUGUCACCAUGGCCGAGUGGUGUGAUGAAAGAAUACUGUCUGAUGCAGGAAGUGUAUCUCUAGUUGGAGCUGAGCGUUAUUUGAGAUCCAAGAGUUCCAGGGAAGAGUCCAUCUUGAUGUCCCCUGUCAAACCCAUCGCUCACCAAAGAGUGUCCCGAGUCCUCUCAAGUCCUCUGUGGAUGGUGGUGUGUUCAAGUACCGCUCCAGUCCUCUUGCUGACAGAAAGCCAGGUAGCGAGGGUGACCCCAGUGAUGACCAGGCAGGGCAGCAAACUCUCCUACGGAUCCAAUGACUCUGGAGGAAGUGGCAGCAGUACCGGUGCUCCAAGGAGUAAAUCUAGUCGGAAGAGUUUCCAAAAUGACAUGUCGAGUAUCAGCAAGAGUCUGUCUGCUUUACAAGUGGAGGAGCUGCCUAUACAUGGAGGCCAUGCCAAAAUUACACGUGGUGGUGAGAAUGUGUUGUUCCACUACGUGCAACUGUACGACCUCGAGGGGGUGUAUGUGACUCCGUCGGACUACGAGCUGGCCUCGGUGCAGGGGGCCAUCCACUGUCAGCUGCUGGACAACUUCUACCGCUGCUCGCUACACAUUCGGAAACUCUUCACAGAGCAGAAGCAGGUCAAGGAGCUGCAGCUAUGUACAUUGCCACAUCCCCGGUUCGGUGUGAGCAAUACCCUGGAGGACCUGGAGGAACAUGGUGUGAUGUUCAAACACGCGUACCUCACAUCUCCAGAGGCAAAGAAGAACACCACUGUCCUCUGCUACUGGGUGGUUGGUCGGCAGUUCCCUCUACCUGAUCAGCGAGAGUUGUAUGUUUGUUUCCACGAGUCAGUUACACAGAGUCUGGUAGAGGUUGCCUUUAACCUGGGCUUCGGUGUCCUGGGUGUUACUUGAUGAUGCUGGAUCUGCCCAGAACUGAUGUCAACAUCCUCAUCCUGAAGAGGAAGCAGGAUCUCGUCACAGGAGUGUGUGUGUCAGAGACUGUUGCCCCACAGGAGUGUGUGUGUCACAGGAGUGUGUGUGUCAGAGACUGUUGCCCCACAGGAGUGUGUGUGUCAGAGACUGUUGCCCCACAGGAGUGUGUGUGUCAGAGACUGUGUGUGUGUCAGAGACUGUUGCCCCACAGGAGUGUGUGUGUGUCAGA